AGCUCAUGUUCUCCACCGUGAGUUACAACUUCUACCCUCCAGCACAACAUCUAACAUUACUAGAACAACGGCUGACAUAUUUGUACCUGGAUGUGUUGGCAUAGAGGGGAAGAGGCGACGUGUUGGGUGAUUGUACUACAUAAAGCCGACAACUGAGCUGACAAACAUGGCACACAACAGAUACUUCAUCGUGUGGCUAUUUUUCCUCUGCAAUGCGGCUUUGGCGUUUGCAGACGACACUUCAUCAUGCUACAGGAUUGAGCCCUGGACAAUAGCGGGCAUCGUCUUCGCCGACGUGCUUCUGACCCUCAUCCUCGUCACUCUCACGUACCGCUGUGCCAGCAUCAGGCGUGAAAAGUUUGAGAACGUACGUCGUGUGUCCCCGUCUUCUCGUCCCUCCACAGCUGACAAAGUCUACAUGAAUGUACGAGCCAACUGCAAGAAGUGAUCGGACAAUGUGAAGCACAUCGUGAAAUUAUAAAGAAUUUUUCAUAUACUGUUUUUUAAAAACAAGUUACUCAAUGCUGUAAAAGAUUCAAUUGAACAGAUUUUACAUUAAGAAAUAAACACAUGUAGGUUGUCUUUUCAAAGUCUAUUUUUGAGGUUGGUUCUUUACACACAUAUUAUAAACACAGAAAUAAGUCUUUCUUUUUACAGUAAUUUGAUUUUACCUUAGAAAUGCAAUGGAGCUACAUUUGUGUUUGUUUAUGUCCUAAAUAACAAAAAUAAAAGUCUCCACAACCAUCUGCCAAAAAAACAGAUUUUAUAGUAGUUUAAUUAUAAUAGCAUAAUUCUAAUUAUUAUAUGAUAUUAUUAAAGGUUUAUCACACUGCUCAGCAGAAGCUUAUAUGUGUGAAACAUGUUCAUCAACCUUGUGAAUAAAACACAUUUGAAUUCUA